AGGCGCGAGCUGCCCGCCUCGCUCGGAGUCGGCUAGGGAAGUGCGCACGCGCGGGAGUUUCUGGCAGAAAGCAGGCGAGCCCGGGCCGGCGCGGGGCCUUGUGGGAGGGCUUAAGGAAGUAAAAUGGCGGACCUGGCGAACGAAGAAAAGCCUGCCAUUGCUCCUCCCGUCUUUGUGUUUCAGAAGGAUAAAGGACAAAAGUCUUCUGCAGAGCAAAAAGACUUGUCGGAUUCGGGAGAGGAACCUCAGGGGGAGGCUGAGGCCCCCCACCAUGGCACAGGUCACCCCAAGUCAGCUGGUGAGCAUGCCCUAGAGCCUCCUGCCCCUGCUAGUGCUUCAGCCAGCGCUCCUGAAGCCCAGCUUCCUCCUUUUCCGCGAGAACUGGCAGGGAGGUCUGCUGGAGGCUCCAGCCCCGAAGGUGGAGAAGAUUCUGACCGAGAAGAUGGAAAUUACUGCCCUCCUGUCAAGCGAGAAAGGACGUCCUCUUUAACCCAGUUCCCACCUUCACAGUCAGUAUCAAAAAACAAUGUUUUUAUGCCAUCAACCUUCUGCGAGCCAUCUGCAGGCAAUUCUGACUCAGAACCAGAGGAAAAGAGCAGUGGAUUCCGGUUGAAGCCGCCCACACUCAUCCAUGGCCAGGCACCCAGCGCAGGUCUGCCAAGCCAGAAGCCCAAGGAGCAGCAGCGGAGUGUGCUUCGCCCCGCAGUGUUACAAGCCCCACAGCCAAAGGCACUUUCACCAACCGUCCCGAGCAGUGGCACCAACGGGCUCAGUGUCCCAGCAGACUGCACAGGAGCAGCGACAUCGACAUUGCCCGACAACCCUGCACGGAGAAGUCCCUCUGAUGAGGUGCCAGCACCCGAGGAGAAAGAGCCCCAGCAAAAUGAGUCUAGCAAUGCCUCUGAGGAGGACAGCCGGGAGAAAAAAGAGCAGGUUGCACAGCAAGCGUUUGUGUUCGGGCAGAACUUGAGGGACAGAGUCAAGUUAAUAAAUGAGAACACUGAAGCAGCUGACAUGGAGAAUGCCGGACACCCCAGUUCAGAAACGCCAACCGCGACCAACUAUUUCCUUCAGUAUAUCAGCUCCAGCUUAGAGAACUCGACCAACAAUGCCGACGCCGCCACCAACAAAUUCGUAUUUGGCCAGAACAUGAGCGAGCGUGUGUUGAGCCCCCCCAAAUUAAAUGAGGUCACUUCAGAUGCCAACAGGGAAAACUCGGCGGCCGAGUCUGGGUCCGAGUCCUCAUCCCAGGAGGCCACCCCUGAGAAAGCUAAUAACAUUGCAGAGUCCCUGGCCGAAUCGGCAGCUGCCUACACCAAGGCGACAGCACGGAAGUGUUUGUUGGAAAAAGUGGAAGUCAUCACCGGGGAGGAGGCGGAGAGCAACGUGUUACAGAUCCAGUGUAAGCUGUUUGUCUUUGACAAGACCUCGCAGUCGUGGGUGGAGAGAGGCCGGGGGCUGCUGAGACUCAAUGACAUGGCAUCGACUGACGACGGGACAUUACAGUCCCGACUAGUGAUGCGGACCCAGGGCAGCCUGAGGCUGAUCCUCAACACCAAGCUGUGGGCCCAGAUGCAGAUCGACAAGGCCAGUGAGAAGAGCAUCCGCAUCACGGCCAUGGACACCGAGGAUCAGGGCGUGAAGGUCUUCCUGAUAUCGGCCAGCUCCAAGGACACGGGCCAGCUGUACGCGGCCCUGCACCACCGCAUCCUGGCCCUGCGCAGCCGUGUGGAGCAGGAGCAGGAGGCCAAGAUGCCCGUCCCCGAGCCUGGGGUGGCCCCGUCUAAUGAGGACUACAGUGACGACGACGACGUCCUGGCUCCGUCGGGGGCCACUGGAGGCGGCACUGGCGACGAAGGGGACGGGCAGACGGCCGGGAGCACAUAGCGCCGGGAGCCGGCUGCCCGCGAGCCUGCUGCUUUGUCCGUCUGUCCGCCCGCCCACCCGCCCCUCCCCGGCAGCGUCGAGGGGCUCGGGAACCACACUCCCCGCUGGGUUGGCCACAGUCCGGAUCUGCACGGCCCGUUCAGAAGCAGACUCGGGAACUGCCUGAAUGUGGUUUGGGACACGAGACCUCAUCAUAUUGAUGAGCAAAACAAAAAGAACAUUUCUUUCCUCUCCCCUUUGAAUUGAAAUGGCACAUUAAGACUU